CAGCUAUCAUGUAUUCUGAAUGUUGCGAGCAAGACGCGAACUCAUCACUUACAAACGUAGACAAAUAAAAAUAAAAAAAUAACACAGUUAAAUCGGAAUCUACCUAACUAUUUAAAUUAAGAAAAUUGAAAUUGUAACUGAAUUUAACUGUCAAAGUAUCGUAUUAAAUUUCACGAAGACACGAAAUAUUCAUAAAUCCUUAUCUCAGAAGUGCAUAGUAUUGAUAAGUAAUUAAUUUUUAAAUUUAGAAUCAUGUCUAAUUUAGCCCUAUUAAGAUUAAUUCUAUUGUUGAGUGCAAUAACAACCUGUUGCUGCGCUGUGUUCUCGAGAAAGGAUAUGGAUGCGACAGUGCCGCAAAUAAUAGCAUCCAAUGGCUACCCGAUUGAGAAGCAUCGAGUUAAGACAGAAGACGGCUAUAUACUACAGAUGCAUAGGAUACCAGCCGGGAAGAGAUCGGCCAGGAGAUCUAAUACUUACGGCGGGAAGGGCAAGAGAGCUGUCCUGAUCGUACACGGACUAUUAGGAAGCAGCGGGGAUUUCGUCAUUAUGGGUCCAAGGAAUAGUUUGUCAUACAUAUUAGCAGACGCGGGGUACGAUGUGUGGCUUGGAAAUUUGAGGGGAAACAUGUACACUACACAUCAGAAUCUCACACGAAAUGAUCCUGCAUUUUGGGAUUAUAGUUUCCACGAACACGGAAAGUAUGACGCGCCAGCGAUGAUUGACAAGGUGCUCAACGUGACGGGACUUUCCAAGAUCUUUUACAUCGGCUACUCUAUGGGCACCACUACUUUCUUCACCAUGAUGUCCCAGAAGCCUGAGUAUAAUGACAAGCUGAUCGCUUUUGUGGCACUCGCUCCGGCCGUGUAUAUAGACAACAUGAAAGAAAUAUCAGUGUUCUUCCUCAAGUCCAUGGAUAUCGCCACGACGCUUCGUCAAAGAGGCAUGUUGGCGGUUGGAUUAAAGCAAGACAUCAUGGACUUAGUAGCUGAAAACUUUUGCACAGCCAAAAAUCCAGACCAAGAUGUCUGCAUGCGGUUUAUAUAUGCUAUAGUUGGGGAAGAUUAUGAACAACAUAAUUGGGAUAUGACACCGAUAAUCAUAGCAAGAGCACAACCAGCGUCUUGGAGACAACUGGAACAUUACGGGAAAAUUGCCAUGACAAGUGUAUUCACUGAGUGGGAUGAUGGUAUGGAAGGAGCUGUGAAACCUUAUAAACUGUCAAAUGUCAGAGUACCCGUUUCCAUAUUAUAUGGAGAGAAUGACUUGCUUGUGGAAAAAUCGGGAAUACUCAGAUUAGCAAAGAGCCUCAACGAAACAGGUGUUCUCCAUUCCAUUAAACCAGGCUGUAAUUGGCCUAAAUUUAACCAUCUGGACUUUGUUUUCGCCAAAGAUCUCGGUAAACUAGUGAACAGACCAUUGGUGCGUCAUUUAGAUGAAUUGUACAAUAAAUAUUACCAACAAUGA